AUGUCUACGCUUGUGGCUCAACACGCAUUCUCUGGUAGCAUUUAUCAAGCCACCAGAGAAUGCAUCUCGAGCCUCGAGGCGUGUUUAUCAGUCAAGGCUCUAAUGAAAGACGGCUGGGCCGAGAGCCGACUUGCUGACAUGAACCUUUGGGCUUCCGGUGUCGGGGCAUUGGCGAAGCCUUACGCAUCACUCGAUCGGAGACUCGAAUUUCAGCCCAAGCCACGGCUGGUUUUGACUAGCUUGCUUCGGAGUCUUCACAAAAUCAUCGAGAACUGCCGCGAGAAUGUGUUGAAUGAGAAUCGAGACGUAUGCCGCGAUGAUAUACUAAAUCCUAGGGAUCCUUCACCAUCUCCUACAAAGGAUUCCUUUGCGGCAGUCGUUCCAAGUGAAGAGGACAACGCUACAAGUUCAGCGUCUUGGUUCCUUGCGCUAGGCAAAAAGCUGGAUGAUGAUACGGACGAUAGUGGUGACUCUGAUACGGAGAGCGAGUCUGUUGAACAGAAUGCCGAACCGCCAUUCAAGAAAGUGAUGAGGGACAUUGACGAUAUCUUGGACCAACUUAUUAUGCUUGGAUUUGCUAUCAGGAAGUCAGGAACUGUUGCAAGGCUACAAAAAGCCGAUUCGUCCUUUAACCCGAAAGAGAACGAAGACUUACGAAAACACCUCGAGUUCAUUAUUUCCAAUACCCUGGCAAAACGGCGAAAGAUUGACGAGGAAAAUGCGAAAAACAAUACUGAACAGAGGGUGCAGGAGGUCGAAAAAAACCUGGGUGAUGUGACACGAGAACAGCAACAUCUGAUACUCGCAAACUUGCGACGUCGACACAGGUUCAGGUAUGCAAAACAACAUCAGCAAAAAUUGGGCCAGCAUAUGGUGCAGUUUCCCAUACCAAAGUCUGAGCCAAUCGAACUGGCAGUUGGGGAACAGGACAACAGGUCAACCAAAGCCUCAGACGCUCAAGAGUCACCACAGCCAAAAGAUACUCCCAGCACAAAGACACCCAACAGCGUGAUAGUCUCUCAACCUGCAGAAUUGAGCGCUACUGCACCUUCUGCGGUGGAAGCCCCCCCAAAUCUUGGUCAAUGUUCUUUAUGUCCUUGGCCUCGAGACGAGGAGGUUGAACCAGAUGCGGCUGCAAAUCUUGAGCAUAUUGGCAAUUGUAUUCAUGAAUUUUCACUCAGAGCUCUUCCUUGGGCUGAAUCUUUACCUUCAGUAGAUUCUGUUAUGGUCGAAUCUGUUCGCAAGGAUGUUGAGCUAUGGCUUGAUGAGAGCACAGCAGAAGACACAGAAGUCAAGGAUAUCCGAAAGGUCGACAUUACAAACUUUCGUUUCUUCCCAUCGCUUACAAAAUACAUCGAAGAUUGGAAUACAUAUAAUCCCGGAGAGUACUUCGCCGAAAGCUCCAAGGCAACAUCACAGGUGGAGGGGGUAUCCAUGUCUUUGGAUAGUGAAUUGCCGGAAGUCAGGGGAACCUGUUCAGACGACGAACAUGAUUCAAUCAAACCCGGUGCAGAGAGCGGAACGGUUGAAUGGGGUAACGAUGAACGAGUAUCAUGGUUGAAUCUACCUGAUUAUUCGACAAAUCUGGAACUAGCCAGAGACAACCGGGUUUUCGGGACCGGGGGUUGGUCCGUAUACAGUAAAGAGUUCGCUUCCUGGCAAGGACAUCCAACUUUCUUAUUGUGGUUACGAGGCGGACCUGGAGUUGGAAAGACGACUGUUAGUUCUUGUAUAAUCGACAACCUUUGGGAGAGCGACGCCAAAGUUCUUUUCUUCUUCUUCGAAUCCAAGUCUUCUACAAACGACAUUCCUAUUAACCCAAAUAAGACUUCGUUUGACUCCAUGAUUCGAUCUCUGAUUCACCAGCUACACAAAAUUCAAGGUGGUUAUGGAGAUGAAGAAGAUCUUUUCAAGCUCUUCCAAAACGGGACCCGAAAGCCGGAAACAGAAGAAUUCAUAUCCCAUUUCAAGAGCAUAUUGUCGAGGCGAAUCCCGAUUUGGAUUGUAUUGGACGCGAUUGAUGAGUGUAAUGAUCUCCAUGACCUUCUUAAUUGGAUCAGGGAUCUGUUCGAAUACACUCGACUGGGUUUGUAUGUGCUUGUUACAAGUCGGGAAGACGCCAAGAUCAGUGCACGCAUCAAAGAGUGCAAUAAAGCCCACCAGGUCCUCAAUAUAAGCGUAGGCAGGAUGCGGUCAGAUGUUGAACCUUUCAUAAGAAACAGGCUCGAGGAAAUUAGUUCAAAAGACGACAGGGACGAUGAUGUGGCGAACAAGAUGCAAGAAGGUUCCAAAGCAGAGUCUUCUGGAAUGUUCCAACGAUCGGCCUCUCAAAUUGCUACUUCGGAGCAAUAUGAUAGCAUAAAGGAAGUGAAUGAGGGUCUUCAGACUUUUUCGACAAAGUCCUCCUACAAUGAAAUGCCGAAAGAUGGGACUGAGAAAGAAAGAAACACUGAGGAGGCCGUGAUUUCGAUGAAGGACCUGGGGAGUGAAGAGAGCGAAACGCGCAUACCGAAGAAUUUUAUUGAUCGGACUCAUUUUGUCGAAAGGACCGGUCAUGGCGUUCACAUACAAUGCAACUUGAUUGAUAUCAUUCACGGUACUAUCUCCCCGGACAGUGAUAACUUGGCCACCAUUUUGGUAUUUCAGUUUAGGUUUCCUCCCGACAGGACUGGUCGUCGUGUGGCUGGAGCAUCAAUUGAAUUGGUCUUUGGUGGUGUUGUGGGAGAUAUUAUGAGUGUCCCCCCAGAGGUCGACGCUAUCUCUUUCGAUGGAAACUACAACGUCUCAUCGACCAAGGAAACUGUUAGUCGUACCAAAGACAUCGAAGGGAAUAUCAACACCAACACCAACACCAACGCCAGUCUCGGGGCUGGUGUCAGCACAUCUCUUGGAUUGGAGGAGACAAUUAGCCGCGAGAAUGACUCUGCCGCUACUAUCAAAGGCAUGAUUGAGGUCAACGAUUUUGGUGUUGGAACAACGGCGAAAUGGCUUUUAUUGGAAAACGUAGCCUUGAAAACGGGCAUUCCAUCUUCAAUCCAGAUUGCUGUCAGAUUAAAGAGGAAGAGUGAAGUAGCCUUUUCUUGCCUUCCCAAGCUGACUUGCAAAACGAGGGAAAGGAAGGGCUUGCAAGACUUGUUCGGCAAUACACUGAACGUCGACCCCGUCUUGUUAGAUCCUAAAACGUCACCUACAAAUAAGCUCAUGGACUAUGAUACUGAGGAGUUGGGAGCUAUUGAUCUAGAUCGCUUGAGUUCUGUUGCCAAGACGACGUUAUCGGGCACGAGGUAG